AUGAGAGGAAAAAGAAAGAGAAAGAACAAAUUACAUUUAAAAAAUAAGUAAAACCAAAAAUUCAAACAUUAGACAUGUAAAUUAUAGCUUAUUUCUUUUAGUAAUCUACCAAGGAUAUCCGAUUGAUGACAAUUGUUGGCAAUUGGAGAAUAAUUGUUAAUGA